ACCACUUCACAAAAUGCUUUUCCUCCCAGCUGCUGCUCUGUGCUGUCUGUGUUCAGCGCUGGUUGCCAUGGCAGCACAGCUGAUUCAGGAUGAUUUACCAUUGACCAGGAGAACUGGUGAAACAGUCUCCUUCAGCUGUCGAGGAACUGAGCAGUGUGGCGGCACUUAUGUAUGGUGGUACCAGAAGAAAGACACACAAACAUUCACAAGGAUUCUGGACAUUGGCACAAGCGGUGGUGCAGUAGAUAAAGAUUAUUACAAACAUCCUCAGAAAGAUGAUUUCUCAGCUGCAAAGAAUCAGAACAACUAUGAGUUGCAGAUCCAGACAGUUCAACUCUCACAUUCAGCCACCUACUACUGCUCCUGUUAUAAAGUUGAGAACCUCAUCUUUGGCUCUGGAACUAAACUGUUUGUAGUUGAGCAGGUAGUGAAGCCCGUGGUGAGCGUGUACCCAGCAGCAUCCAGAGCCCACCUGGAGGGGAAGAGCUCCCUGCUGUGUCUGGCCUCAGCCAUGUCUCCUCCUCUGGUCCAGUUCUCCUGGAAAAGACAGAAGAAGAACGGCCCGCUGGAGGAGCUGACCUCUGCUGAGAGAGAGCAGCUGGAGCUCAGAGAGCCGGGACGCAGCGCCUCCAUCCUGCUGCUCCAUCAGCAAGAGGACAGCACAUAUAAAUACCGCUGCUACGUCACGCACGAGGGGAGCACAUUGAAGGCCAAAAUAGAACAAGAGGUUUCUCUUAUUCCACCAACACCAGCUCCGACAGAUAAACCAACUCCGACAGCUACAUCAGCUCCAACAGCUAUACCAACUCCGACAGCUAUACCAACUCCGACAGCUACUUCAGCUCCAACACCUCCAGCAGCUUUUGUCCCGUCUCAGUACCAGGUGCUGCUGCUCUGUGUGCUGUACACAGUGCUGAUAGUGAAGAGUCUGGUGUACUGCUGUGGACUCUCUCUGCUGAUGAUCCUCAGAAACAAGGGACCGUCCACCAACUGCACACAUGCUGACUGACUAACUGUCCUCCAGC